UAACUGAGCAACUGAUAGCAUCACAAUCUCGUCACUGAAACACUCUCUCAAGGAAAACCAAAGAAAUUUCUCGUCCAACGAAGUUUAAUCGAUUUUAUUUCCAAAAACGGAAUAAUGUACACCAAAGUUUCUUUAAUUUUAUUUUCUGUCUUUGUUCCUGAAGUUGUGUUUGGAGCAUGCCGGAUAUUUCAACAAAACUUACAGGCUAUUCCGGGGAAGCCAGUAUCAUUGGACUGUUUAUACAAGAACUCUAUCCGGGUGGCCUACCAGGAGACUUACAGAGACCACGCGACCUGUGAGGACUGCUACUGUACCGAAACCGGGUUAGAGUGUUGUGGGUUUGGAAAUAACGCAGGGACAUUUAAAAUCGAAGGCUGUAUUGAACAAAAAGACGGUUGUUACUCAAAAUUUGUGGAUGCUAGCGAUCCCACUAAGCCUUGUCCUGCUACCAUGACAACGACUCAAGCUCCGGUAAAACACGUGCUUGACGACCAAAUUUACAGAAAUCCGUUCUUGAACAAGGAUAACUCUCCGUUUAGUAGCUUUGGGAGCCCUAACUCACUCCCUGGCCCCGAUAGCUGGACCACUGACGAUCUGAACACGAAGUCCCAGAGGCAGCGACAAUACUAUUUAUUUCUCUGGUCCCUGAUAAAUUAUUUUAUGAACAACAAUUAAUUUCCUGUCAAAACUGCGUAUUAGAGAUAUAUGAAAUCCAUUUUCCUCUUAAUUUAUUGUGAUUUACUUUAUUUAUUUAUUGAAAAGAUAAUGAUUUUGUAUACUUCAUUAUAUGUAUAUCUUAAGCAGAUGUUAUUUCUAAUCAUCUCUGUAUUUAUU